UGACUGCGGUCACGUGACCUCCCUUCCUCCGACUCCUCUUCCUCCCGCCCGGGCUCGCUCCGCCCCUGGAGCUGCCGCGGCCGGCGAGCGAGCGAGCCCGGGAGCGAGCCGGGCCCCGCAGCAUGGCCUGGACCCGGUACCAGCUCUUCCUGGCCGGGCUGAUGCUGGCCACCGGCUCCAUCAACACCCUCUCGGCCAAAUGGGCUGACAACUUCAACGCGGGGGGCUGCGGUGGGACUGCAGAGCACAGCUUCCAGCAUCCCUUCCUCCAGGCCGUGGGAAUGUUCCUGGGCGAAUUCUCCUGCCUGGCUGCCUUCUACCUCCUGGUCUGCAGGGACCGGCGGCGAGCAGAGCCCAGCCUGGCCCCCGCGCAGCCCUUCAACCCGCUGCUCUUCCUGCCCCCGGCGCUGUGCGACAUGACCGGGACCAGCAUCAUGUAUGUGGCCCUGAACAUGACCAGCGCCUCCAGCUUCCAGAUGCUGCGCGGGGCCGUGAUCAUCUUCACCGGGCUGCUCUCGGUGGCCUUCCUGGGCCGCAAGCUGGUGCCGAGCCAGUGGCUGGGGAUCUUGGUCACCAUGGCCGGGCUGGUGGUGGUGGGGCUGGCGGACAUGCUCGGCAGCCGCGACGAGACGCACAAGCUGAGCGAGGUCAUCACAGGUGACCUGCUCAUCAUCAUGGCCCAGGUGAUCGUCGCCAUUCAGAUGGUGCUGGAGGAGAAAUUCAUCUACAAACACGACGUGCACCCGCUGCGGGCCGUCGGCACAGAGGGUUUCUUUGGCUUCGUCAUCCUGUCCCUGCUGUUGAUCCCCAUGUACUACAUCCCGGCGGGCAGCUUCAGCGGCAGCCCGCGGCAGGUGCUGGAGGACACGCUGGAUGCCUUCUGCCAGAUCGGCCGCCAGCCCCUCAUCGCCCUGGCCCUGGUGGGCAACAUCAGCAGCAUCGCCUUCUUCAACUUCGCCGGCAUCAGCGUCACCAAGGAGAUCAGCGCCACCACCCGCAUGGUGCUGGACAGCCUGCGCACCGUGGUCAUCUGGGCCGUCAGCCUGGCCGUGGGCUGGGAGACCUUCCACGGCCUGGAGAUCCUGGGUUUCCUCAUCCUCCUGGCCGGCGCCGCCCUCUACAACAGCCUGCACCAGCCCCUGCUCGCCAGGCUGCCCUGGCGCCGGCCCGCAGCGGGUGCCGUGGGCUCUGAGGCCGAGAGAGAGAAUCUGCUAGGAGGGGAGAGGGCACCCAUCAACGGGGACAGCUGAGGAGCCGGACCCCAUGGGGCGUGGACGCCAGAUCCCCGUCCCCGCCUCCCCCCCAGCCCCCUGGCACGGGCUGGGACACCGAGCCCGCCUCUCUGUGCUCUGUUGGCUCUACUGGGCCUCAGGCAUUCUGGGCACGGCUCCUCUGGGACUCGAUCCGGCUCCUCCGGGAUUCGGAGAGUGAAGGUCACUGGAGGUGCUCCCCCUCCCGAUUAAAAUGCCUCUACCCAUCCCCAGCGGAGGCCCUGCCCUACCACCGGCGCACACGGGUUAUCUGCUCCUUCCUCCCAGGGGGUCGCAGUGACAUCCUGUUCUGUGGGUCCCCCCACUUCUCCCCGACCUCUGCCGCCUGCCUGGCUGCACGACCCAGGGCUGUGCCAGCAUGGGUUGAUGGACCAGCAUGGGCAAGUGCACAUCAGAGGGCCAUGCAUGCCCUUGUUGGUGACCUUCAUCGGGGGCACCUUCACCUUCUCCCCUGCCCCCCAAGGAGGAGGACUUGCUCUACCCACCUAGUUCCUGCUCCACCUGCAGCGUCUGACGGUGUAACUGGAGGAAACCGUUCUGCCAGGCUAGUGGGACAGGCCCAUGACCCCUAUUCUGUCCCGCUUGCAGAUGGAGCCUGGAGGAGCACUGGACUCAUGGACCGGCCUGGGAGGCCCCAUGAGAGCAGCCGUGGAGGGCAAACGCUUCUCUGCAACGCCCGCUCUGCGUUAGCCGCACACGCCAGCCCUGCCUGGAGGCGUGAGAGUGGAACGCAGGCCGGGGGCUUGUUGGUUCCAUGGUGCCCCAAGCCCAGGUUGAAGGCGGGGCCCUGCGCUGCGGGGGGAUCACCCUUCUCCCUUGUAUAGCUGGGAAGGAGGGGGUGAUGUUUUUGUCUCCCAGCAAGUGCCUACUCUCCCACGCAUGGAGGUCUCUAUUCCCCUCCCCUAGAAGCUCUCUGCUUCGGCCAUCUCCUGGCACAGAGCUGAAGCCGUCUGCAGGGUGGGGCCCUGUUUGCUGCACCCAGGGUGGCGUUGGGGGACUUUAAUGCUGCCCGCUGGCCCCUAGGAGCUGGGCUGCCGGGGGCCAGUGGAGCACAGGUGGCUGGCAGGGGCACGCCGUGCCAUGUGCAGGAAGAUGUGCCAUUCCACACAUGCGUGCAAGGCGUGACCUUGUGCAAACAGCGUGUGCAAGGUCACACUGGGCGGAGGGGGCCAUUUUGUUCUACAAAAUGGCGUCCUCCCUGCAGGGGCUGGCUGGAAUCGGCUGUAGGGCUGGGGCAUGCAGUGUGUACGUAGGCACCAUGCCCCUGCGAGCUGGUUCACCGCCACACUCCAGGGGUUUCCGUGUGGGUUCUAGCUCAUCACAGCUUCAGCUCACACCAAGCACCCUGGCUUAUGGGGCCUGGUCCUCCCACCCCUGCCCUGAGGCUUGGGACCCGCUGUGGACCAGAGGUCCUGUCUGUGCUGGCUCAGGAGGAAGGCCCUGCGUGUGUUUAAAAUCAGGGUAUUUAUCCAGAAAUCUUUUCUUUGGCCCCUGGAGCAUGGAGUUUGGACUUGUAUUGCGUUUCUCCCCAGGGGCUGGCUUCAAAGGGCUGGUAACCGGAGGAACUAGGGUCGUAUCCCCCCCUCCAGAUGCACAGUUUUGCAUGUUUAACACAACGGACCCCGUGGUAUUAACCCUCCUUCACGAACGUUUAACUCACUUCAGUAGCGUGACUCUGAAUUCCCCAAGGCUUGUCCAGGACCCUGCAGAACAGGGUCGGGCUGUAGGGAGCUGAACGGCUGGGGAGCCCGGGUUCUCUCUCUUCGCUCUUCUCUGCAUUUCUCCUCCCCAGCUCACUCAUUCCCUCCUUCCCACGCACCCUCCCAACCUCCAAUAAAAUUCAAAACCUUUCUCCCUUACACAAUGGAGUAAAAGCAGCCCCAUUGCUCUCCCUCUGUCCACCUGCUUUUCCUGUUCGGUUUGCGGGGCUCAGGCCAGGAGCUGAUCUGCCCUGGUGUGGUGCAUGCCAGGUGGGAUCCUCCCUCCCUAGGCCCCAGUCAGCUCUGGAAGCUGAUUUCCUUCCCGGUAGCGAGCUGUGUGCAAUCCCCUACGUACACCCUCCACCGCCCGCAUGUCGGCAGUGUGGCAGGCACUGGUACAGAGAGGGCCGUGCCCAUGUUUGGGGCUGCUAAGAUGGAUGUUACAUCCCUCAAACCUUCCAGCUUUGUGGAAAUGCGCACUUCCAGCGCAUCCCCGGGGAGAGGAGGGGGGCGAGUUACUUGGGCCGAGAGGGGUAGAGAAGCUGCAUGCAGGGCCUGCUGGCUCCUAUGAUGGGGAAGUGCAGCCUGGGGAAACUAGCAUCCUUGGAGCUGAUGCUGGGGCAAAGCACCUUUUGGCUGGGUUGGCAGAGAUGCCCCCCGUUGGCAUGUCACCUCUGCAGGCUCUGCCCUGUGUGUCUUGGCUGGACAGGGCACUGCUGCUGCGGCCCCACUCCGCCACCUGGGGGCACUGGGCACAGCCUGCAGCAGGCGCUCCGAUGUCCGGGUGAUGGGCGGCUCUUGAAGACCCUGGGAUUCAUAGAUUCAUAGAUACUAAGGUCAGAAGGGACCAUUAUGAUCAUCCGGUCUGACCUCCUGCUCAACGAAGGCCACAGAAUUUCACCCACCCACUCCUGCGAUAAACCUCUCACCUGUGUCUGAGCUAUUGAAGUCCUCAAAUCAUGGUUUAAAGACUUCAAGGAUCAGAGAAUCCUCCAGCAAGUGACCCGUGCCCCAUGCUACAGAGGAAGGUGAAAAACCUCCAGGGCCUCUUCCAGUCUGCCCAGGAGGAAAAUUCCUUCCCGACCCCAAAUAGGGCGAUCAGCUAAACCCUGAGAGGAGGCUGCAGCAGAGGGUCCUGGGUGUCCCUUGCAAUGCGAUGCUCUGCACAGCAGUGUUUGGGGCCCUUUCCCUGGGUCAGGGACCCCCAUCUCCUGCAGGCGGUGCUACCAAUCCGACACCUCUUUCCUCUCAGUAAGAAGCAUGAGGAGGCCAUGACAGGGAGCUGGGGGCUUGGGCUUCCUUGCAGAGCUGGGGGAGAAUGCACCCCGGGUCAGUGGCUCAAGGGGGGGAAUUUGGCCCUGGGGAGAGGGGCAAAGGAAGGCAGAGGCACAAAUUAAGUCCUGCUUAUGGGGCUGAAGUGGGACUUGGGGGCUGCCUUGGCCUUGCAUUGGCCCUCAACCCAGGGCUGAAUUCCUCCCCUUCCCCACUGAGGAACCCCUGUCGCUAGGUGAAGGGGGCGGUUCUCCGGGCUGCCAUGCCGCAUAGCCUCCUUCUCUUAGGAACUCCCUCUGCGGUGUCUGUAACUCUCAACAAUUUGCAUGCAGGCUUGCUGCAUAUGUGCAGCUUACUGGGGUGGUGCUUGGAGCAUCUAUCAGGAUUGUGGCCCUGUUACGCUAGGUGCUGUACAGAUCCUUAGGGAGAGAGAGCCCCUGGCCUGAAGUAUAAGGUAGGAGGCAGCAGGCGAAUACAAUGAUCAGGAUGAGCAAGGAAACCAUAAGCUAAUUAUGAGAGGAAGGAUGGCUUUGGGUUUGGAAGACAGGAGUUCAAGUCCUUACUCCAACCUAGAUUCCCUGCAGGCACUUGAGCUGUACACUCAGCCUUUCUGUGCCUCAGUUUCCCCUCCCUAAAAUAGGAGUGACAGCACUCUGCCCUACUUCACAUUUCAGGACCACAAAGAUUGUGCACAUGUGUUUCGGUUUAAAGAUCUUGAGGGACUCAGCUGCCACCGUGGUGGGAGCCUUAUAAAAUAGGCAGGUUUGGAAGGGUUGGAUUUAUGUCGGCAAACGUCGAUUUCACAAACUGAGCAAACCAUGUUUUCAUCAAUAACAAUCAAAAUUUACACACCGUCAAAGUAAGAAAAACGCUGCUUGAAAACUUGCACUUACGGUGAAAAUCCAGUGCUUUAGAGCUUGGAAUUAGGCUGGUUACAAAUGGCCGCAUCAAUGAACCAUCAAACCAGAUUUGCUUUGUUGAUUCAAGGAUCAUUUCGAUGUGUAUUUUGACAUAUGACAUUGACAAUUUAUCUUUGAACCGUUUAUCAAGCUUUCACUUCUUGAAUUAUGAAUGUCGACCGCCAUUAAAUAAGUGCGGGCCUCUCCCCACCGUGAUUUCCCACAAUUGUGAACAUUUAAAUUGAUAAACAUCAAAAAAUGCUUCAGAAUAAAACACAGAGAUUAGCCCCGGACACUAUAUAAAAAAAAAAUUAAAUUCUGCCAA